UUUGGAGAGCGGCCGGCGGCAGCUUCCACAACAACUCUUUCCAGCGAACAACAACUUCACACAGUCUAGCCAUCAGCUUUGUACAUAGACACAAUGGACUUUUUGUUUGGUCGAAGAAAGACACCGGCAGAGAUGUUACGCCAACAUCAGCGUAGCAUUACCAAGGCACAAAGAGAAUUAGACCGCGAAAGGGAACGUUUAGAACGACAAGAAAAGAAACUUAUCAUGGACAUUAAAAAGUCAGCAAAAGCGAAUCAAAUGAGCGCUUGCAAAGUCAUGGCCAAAGAUCUUGUUCGCACACGUCACUACAUUCAAAAGUUCUAUCAGAUGAGAACGCAGUUGCAGGCCGUCGGUUUACGAAUCCAGACCUUACGUUCCAACCAACAAAUGGCCGAAGCUAUGCGAGGGGCGACCAAAGCCAUGUCUUCAAUGAAUCGACAAAUGAACUUGCCGCAAAUACAAAAGAUCAUGAUGGAUUUUGAACGGGAAAGUGAAUUAAUGGAUAUGAAGGAUGAAAUGAUGGGUGAUGCGAUUGACGAUGUCAUGGGAGAAGAAGACGAUGAAGAAGAAAGCGAAGAAAUCGUCAAUAAAGUGUUGGACGAAAUUGGUAUCAGCUUGAAUCAAGAAGUAAGUGAAUCAGCCAAGCGCUUGCGUGCACCCAGUCUGACAAGCAUGAUUUUUCUUUCUUUCUUUCUUGUUACAGCUGGCAGAAACACCUACGGGCAUCAAAACGGCUGCUCCGGUUGCUUCUUCGGGAGAACGUAUUCCGCAAGCUGAAAGUAUGUCGGCGGAUGAUGCUGCAUUGCAGGCUAGAUUGGAUAAUUUGAGACGUGAAUAACGGAUUGAAGGCAUCCGCAUUACGUUGAUUUGGGUAUCAAUAAUAAGCUUUUUUUU